GCCUGGUCUAGGAGCCCGCCCCGCAGCGGCGGCCGGCAGCGCAGCGCUCCGCGGGCGGCAAGUGCAGCCCCCGACCCCCUGCACGGCUCCCGGCCUCGCGCCUCUCGGGGCUCCAGGUCGCCGGCGGCCGCCGUGAUGGCCCUCAAGAUGGUCAAGGGCAGCAUUGACCGCAUGUUCGACAAGAACCUGCAGGACCUGGUGCGCGGCAUCCGCAACCACAAGGAGGAGGAGGCAAAAUAUAUCUCUCAGUGCAUUGAUGAAAUCAAGCAAGAGCUGAAGCAGGACAACAUCGCAGUCAAAGCAAACGCCGUCUGCAAGCUGACGUAUUUGCAAAUGUUGGGAUACGACAUCAGCUGGGCUGCCUUCAACAUUAUAGAAGUGAUGAGUGCCUCCAAGUUCACUUUCAAGCGCAUUGGCUACCUUGCUGCUUCCCAGUGCUUUCACGAAGGGACUGAUGUCAUCAUGCUCACUACAAACCAGAUUCGCAAGGACCUGAGCAGCCCCAGCCAGUAUGACACUGGUGUUGCACUGACUGGACUGUCCUGUUUUGUUACCUCAGAUCUUGCCAGAGACUUGGCCAAUGACAUCAUGACACUGAUGUCACACACCAAGCCGUACAUCCGGAAGAAGGCUGUGCUGAUCAUGUACAAGGUGUUCCUGAAGUACCCUGAGUCGCUGCGCCCUGCCUUUCCCCGCCUGAAAGAGAAGCUGGAGGACCCUGACCCUGGGGUUCAGUCGGCGGCAGUCAAUGUCAUCUGUGAGCUGGCCAGACGUAACCCCAAAAACUACCUUUCCCUGGCCCCGCUAUUCUUCAAGCUGAUGACCUCCUCAACCAACAACUGGGUCCUCAUUAAAAUAAUCAAACUGUUUGGUGCUCUGACCCCCUUGGAGCCAAGGUUGGGCAAGAAGCUGAUCGAGCCUCUCACCAACCUGAUCCACAGCACAUCUGCCAUGUCCCUUCUCUAUGAAUGUGUGAACACUGUCAUUGCAGUUCUCAUCUCCCUGUCCUCCGGCAUGCCUAACCACAGUGCCAGCAUCCAGCUCUGUGUUCAGAAGUUAAGGAUAUUAAUAGAAGACUCUGACCAAAAUUUGAAGUACCUGGGUCUGUUGGCCAUGUCCAAGAUACUGAGAACUCACCCCAAGUCUGUGCAGGCUCACAAGGACCUUGUUCUGCAGUGUCUGGAUGACAAGGACGAGUCCAUCCGGCUGCGGGCCCUUGACCUCCUAUACGGAAUGGUGUCCAAGAAGAACCUGAUGGAGAUUGUCAAGAAGCUGAUGACCCACGUGGACAAGGCUGAGGGCACGACCUACAGGGACGAGCUGCUCACAAAGAUCAUCGACAUCUGUAGUCAGUCCAACUACCAACACAUCACAAACUUUGAGUGGUACAUCAGCAUCCUGGUGGAGCUGACCCGGCUGGAAGGCACACGCCACGGCCACCUUAUUGCUGCGCAGAUGCUGGAUGUGGCCAUCCGAGUGAAGGCCAUCCGCAGGUUUGCUGUGUCGCAGAUGUCUGUGCUGCUCGACAGUGCUCACCUGGUGGCCAGUAGUACCCAGCGCAAUGGGAUCUGCGAGGUGCUCUAUGCUGCUGCCUGGAUCUGUGGGGAGUUUUCUGAGCACUUGCAGGAGCCCCACCAGACCCUGGAGGCCAUGCUGCGGCCCAAGGUCACCACCCUGCCUGGCCACAUCCAGGCUGUGUAUGUACAGAAUGUGGUGAAGCUAUAUGCGUCCAUACUGCAGCAGAAGGAGCAGGACUCAGAUGCUGAGGCAGCCCAGGAGCUCACACAGCUCAUGGUGGAGCGGCUGCCCCAGUUUGUGCAGAGUGCAGACUUGGAGGUCCAAGAGCGGGCAUCCUGCAUCUUGCAGCUGGUCAAGCACAUCCAGAAGCUUCAGGCCAAGGAUGUGCCAGUGGCAGAAGAAGUGAGCGCCCUCUUUGCCGGGGAGCUGAACCCAGUGGCUCCCAAGGCCCAGAAGAAGGUUCCGGUCCCCGAAGGCCUGGACCUGGAUGCUUGGAUCAAUGAGCCCCCUUCAGACAGUGAGUCUGAGGAUGAGAUGCCCAAGGCUAUCUUCCAUGAUGAGGAGCAGCGGCACGCCAAGCAGCAGCCACCCAAGGCCGAUGAGGAGGAGCUGGCCCGGCGUCGAGAAGCCCGGAAACAGGAGCAGGCCAACAACCCCUUCUAUAUCAAAAGUUCCCCGUCCCCCCAAAAGCGGUACCAGGAUGCACCGGGUGUGGAGCACAUACCUGUGGUGCAGAUCGACCUCUCAGUGCCCCUGAAGGUGCCAGGGCUGCCCACAUCAGAGCAGUACGUGAAGCUGGAGGAGGAGAGGCGGCACCGGCAGAGGCUUGAGAAGGACAGGCGGAAGAAGAAGCGAAAGGAGAAGAAGGGCAAGCCGCGACGCCAUAGCUCACUGCACACCGAGAGUGACGAAGACAUUGCCCCAGCUCAGCAAGUUGACAUUGUCACUGAGGAGAUGCCUGAGAAUGCUCUGCCCAGUGACGAGGAUGACAAAGACCCUAAUGAUCCCUACAGAGCCCUGGACAUCGACUUGGAUAAGCCCUUAGCCGACAGCGAGAAACUGCCCAUCCAGAAACAUAGAAAUGCUGAGACCUCCAAGUCCCCUGAGAAAGAGGAUGUACCUGUCAUAGAAAAGAAAAGCAAGAAACCUAGGAAGAAAGAGAAGAAGCACAAGGAGAGAAACCGGGAGAGAAGGAAGGAGAAGGAACGGAAGAGUGAGGACUUAGAUUUCUGGCUGUCCACCACACCGCCACCUGCCACCACUCCAGCCCCAUCCACGGAAGAGCCAAGGGUGAACACAGUCGUUGAGGAAGAGUGCGAGGAACCCAAGAGACAGGAACAAGAUGAUGAGGAGGAGGAAGAGGAGCGAGACUCUGAGAAGAAACCUUCUAAGCAUAAGAAGAAGAAGCAUAAGAAGGAGAAGGAGGAGAAACCCCAAGAGAAGAAGAAAUCCAAGAAGAAGCUUACUGCGAAUGAUGGGGUGGCAGAGCUCCUAGAGAACGGCGCUCUAGAUGAGCCUCUCCCGCCCAUGUCCAGCUACUCCCUCCUGGCUGAGAAUUCCUACGUUAAAAUGACAUAUGACAUCCAGGGCAGCUUGCAGAAGGACAGCCAGGUCACUGUGUUCAUUGUACUGGAGAACCAGAGCAGCAGCUUCCUGAAGAGCAUGGAGCUCAAUGUGCUGGACUCACUCAACACCAAAUUGGCCCGGCCAGAGGGCUCCUCUGUCCAUGACGGUGUCCCCGUGCCUUUCCAUCUGCCCCCAGGCAUCUCCAACGAAGCUCAGUUUGUGUUCACCAUUCAGAGCAUCAUCAUGGCCCAGAAACUCAAGGGGACCUUGUCCUUUAUUGCUAAGAAUGAUGAGGGCUCCACCCAUGAGAAGCUGGACUUCAAGUUGCACUUCAGCUGCACCUCGUACUUGAUCACAACUCCCUGCUACAGUGACGCCUUUGCCAAGUUGCUGGAGUCUGGGGACCUGAGCAUGAGCUCAAUCAAGGUUGAUGGCAUUAAUAUGUCCUUCCAGAACCUUUUGACAAAGAUCUGUUUUCAUCACCAUUUUUCUGUUGUGGAGCGAGUGGACUCUUGUGCCUCCCUGUACAGCCGAUCCAUCCAGGGUCACCAUGUCUGCCUGCUGGUGAAGAAGGGUGAGAAGUCUGUAUCGGUAGAUGGGAAGUGCAGCGAUGCUACAUUGCUCAGCAACCUGCUGGAGGAGAUGAAGGCAACACUGGCCAAGUGCUGACUGUUGUUGCCAAGGCCACCACGGAGAGGACGUGAAGGAGAGACACAUUCCAAGUGCUAGUUUCUCCUCUGUCGCAUGUGCUCAUUCAGCCCUGCAUUAAUUUAAGUCCACUGUCAUCACCGGUUAGACCUUGAGGUCAUAUGUUCAUUGAUGUCUCCUGUCAUUUUUUUUUACUUUGACUCUUUCCACUCUCUUUGGGGAGAAACCCCGUUCUAGUCUCCAAACCAUCAGUGACUCCUAUAGCCGGGGCCAACUACACAUGGCCGCAGGAGCUGCCCAAGGAGUGAGCGUGACCACGGUCCAAGCCAGGACCUAGUGGGUCCAGGUGAUGGGUGUUCAGCAGACAGGGCAGGGGGCACAUCCAGUCCCACAGUCCUCAAGUUUCCAUUUGGAGGGUGAAAAAUGGGCUGGCUACUCACCACAGUGACAUUCCCCUUUAUCCCUGGUCAGUCAGUUCUCUCUCCCCAGGACACAUGGUGGGGAAAGGGUCAUGCAGGCUAUUGUCCAUUGCAUUCUGUGUCCCACUGCUGUGCUUGUGUGCCAGGUAAAUAACAGCAGUGAACUCUAAGGCACAGGGGGCUGCCCUAAGGGUAGGGAUUCAUUUGGGAUCCUUAACAGAGCAGAGACUGGACAUUGUUGGUUUUCAUUGUUUCCUUUUCAGUAGAAUAUGUCUUGGUUGACAUUGCUUGGGGUGAGCCACAGGGUUUGCCCUCCCAUCAAGCCUACAGCUGCCGGGAGGGCCUAGUCCUGGGUUCCAUGGCCCUGAUGGUGAAACACAUGCGUCCUGGGGAGGCUGAGUCCCUUAAUGCGCCUCAUAGGCAGGGCAAGAUAACUCUGGCCCACCCUGGUAAGACUUUCCUCAGAGAUGAUGGUCCUCAAUGAUGUUUUAACUAUCUUUUUGAUGAAAACUGUCACUUUAGCAUGUAAUCUAUUGCGGAAUCUAGUGCAGUGAUUCUAGAAUCUCGAAAUUGUAUGAUGUGUUAUAUAAGAAUUUGCUAUCAACAUUCCCGUGUAAAGGAGACAUAUCACGCUGCUGUCAUGAUUUUGUGUCAAGAUGAUCCAAUAAACUUGCA